CGCACUUCCGGUGGAGAGAGACAAAAACAGCUGAACGGCCCCACGGAGGGGAGAAGCGAGCAGGGCGGCCUUGCAGACGCUGUUUGGUGGGACUUGAUUCAUUUGACCCAGGUCUCCGAGCAUCGACCCCCCUCUCCGAGAGACGGUCCAGAGGAGGAGGUGAGGACACCUGCACACACCGUGAGCCAUGGUGAAGAUCAGCUUCCAGCCUGUGGCGGGACAGAAAGUGGACAAGGAGAAUGACGGCGACAAGACGGAAAUCCUCAUCCCCCGUCCGAUGGAUGAGGAUGAGCUGGUGCUGCCGCUGCGCCCCAAAAAGUCGCCCCUCAACGGGCUUUGCUGCCUGACGUUCGGCCUGGUGGUCUUCAUGGCCGGUCUGGUUCUGGCCUCCAUCUAUGUGUAUCGCUACUACUUUAUACCUCAUAUGCCAGAGGAGAACCUGUUUCACUGCAGGGUUCUUUUUGAAGACUCCGUCUAUGCCCCCCUCCGUGGACGCCAGGAGCUGGAGGAAAAUGUCGGCAUCUACCUUUCUGACAAUUAUGAGAAGAUCACUGUGCCCGUGCCUCACUUUGGGGGGAGUGACCCCGCUGAUAUAAUCCAUGAUUUCCACAGGGGAUUAACCGCCUACCAUGAUAUUGCUUUGGACAAAUGCUAUGUUAUUGAGCUGAACACCACCAUUGUGAUGCCUCCUCGCAAUCUUUGGGAACUUCUUAUCAACGUCAAGAAGGGAACAUACCUGCCUCAGACUUACAUCAUUCAUGAAGAGAUGGUGGUGACCGGCAAAGUGCACAACAUGCGUCAGCUGGGGCCUUUCAUCUACCGCCUGUGCAACGGGAAGGAUACGUACCGCCUGACGCGCCGCGUCACCCGCAGACGCCUCAACAAGCGAGAGGCGAAGGACUGCCACCACAUCCGCCACUUUGAGAACACGUUCGUGGUGGAGACGGUGAUCUGUGACGCGGCGUAAACACCUGAUUGCACAUCUCCACUCACUACCCCAGCCACUGUAGCACCCCCAUCCCUCCGGUGGAUCUGAUCAUAUCUCAGUUGCACUUUACUACUGCUGUUCUUGGAUAAAUAUGGAUUUCCACUAUCUGUUUUGUUGUUGCUGUUCUUAUUUUUUUGUUUUAAUUAAUGGUAUUUACCCCUACAGUGGUGAUGCAAUACUAAACUGUUUGUUUUAUCACAGGAUUUUUCCAUGUAGCAAUUCCUUAAGCCAAUAAUAAAAGCUCAUUUCAACAUCUCUCCUCUACCUCUGUGGGGAUUUGUUCUGUGCGAUGGUUACUGUAUCCACGUGUCAUUAAGGUGGCAGUGCUUCUUUUUCCUAAAGCUCUGGACGUCAAUUUGUGUUUUAGCUUCACUAACGAUCAGCUACCAGGAGCACAAAGUCUUACUUUGCUCAACAAACAUCAUCCUUUGGAUUUCCUGUCAUUAAUCAAAUAUUUUUCUGUUUUGUGAAAUGUAAAACUUUAACUGCUAGUUGCUUGCUUGCAUCUUUUCUUAUAUGCUUGAUGCUUCUUGCUCCUUUUUAUGCCUUUCAUUUUUUUUCAAAAGCACCGUCAUGAUGUAAAAUGCAGAGAACACUGCAUAGUACUUAGACUGCAUAUAUUAGGUUUAAGAUGUUCCAUUAGUCAGCCAUGUGAAGACGCACAUCUCAUUUUUAAUUUAAAUAUUUCUGAAAGUAUGCCAAAUUCAUUUUUCAUUAACCAUAGCUUUAUCUUGCAUGUGUUUAUCUAUAAGAGAGAAGAGGAAACCUUAGUGUUUUGGUGAAAUGAUGUUAAAGCCUUAGACCAGAUCAGAAACUGGGCUAAAGUCAAAAAGACACGAAAGGAGCGCAUUACCUGACAACUUUGAUCUGUAUAGUUUGUCUGCCAAAUGGCACCUGUCUGUGAAUUCAAUAAAAAUGACUAAACUAA